AGCUUCGCCCGUCGUCAACACAGGUGUUGAACUCCUCGCCCAUCCGAGCCAAAGCGCGCAUCGGUCGCCCCGCGACCGCCUCCCAACCCUCGCCCCCGUCGCCCGGACGCGUCGGACGCCUUCGGAGCACCCCGAAGCGGCCUGUGCCUCGCGAGAUUCGACUACCAUCUUAAUCGGCAUGUCGACGGCCGUCGAAGCCCCCGCCGACCCCUCGCGGGUCCUCCCGGCGUCCCUCGGGGCGGCGCCCCCCCCGCCCCUCCUCCACCGCGCCCCGGAGAAGGCGUCGUCCCCGGCGCCCGAGGCCGCGGGCGACGCGGAUCCGUCGCCCGAGGCCGCCGAGGCCGCCGAGGCCGCCGCGGCCGCCAAGGGCUCCGGCGACUCCACGUCGGACGAGGAGACCCUCCACGAGGUCACGGAGAGCACGCACGACCGCAUCGCCAUGCUCGUCGAGUCGUCGCAGCACGUGCCGCCCGACGAGCCCGCGUCGAAGAAGCGGAAGGCGGCCGGCGAGAAGCCGCGGCGCGGCGGCAAGUGGACCGAGGCCGAGGAGAACUACGCGGCGAUGAUCAUCGCCCACUUCUCCAACGGCAAGGCGCCGGGCCUGCGGGGCGGCGAGUCGCUGCGGAAGCUGCUCGCGGACCUGCUCCAGUGCAGCCCGAUGCGCAUCACGAAGAAGUUCAGCCGGACGCGCAUCGUGCGCAAGAGCUCCUUCAAGCUCCUCGGCGAGCUCACGGCGGGCGAGAAGGCCGAGCUCGACGCGGCGCGGGCCCGGUUCCUCGCCGGCGACGGCAAGAAGGCGCCGAAGCGGCGCAAGGACGCGUCGCACGGCGGCAGCGGCAGCGGCAGCGGGCCGUGGAUCUUCGCGUCGACGCCGCCGCUCGACCCGUCGCUCCACGCGUCGAUCAUGCCCACGGCCGUGACGACGACGGUCUACGGCUACGUGACCAAGGAGGAGAAGACUUUCGUGCGCGUCGUCACGAUGAUGACGCCGACGCUGCUCCAGGCCUUUGGGGCCGUCUGCGCGCGCCACGGCGUGCUCCUCGCGUCCUACCGCCUCGUCACCGACGAGGUCGGCGUCGCGCACGUGCGCAUGGAGCUCGAGUCCCUCGCCCAGCCCCUGCCGCGCUGGCUCCUCACGGCCGUCGAGGGCGACCUCAAGCGCGAGCUCGCCGCGCAGCCGCCCGCGCCGCCGCCGCCGCCCGCGGCGCCGCCCGCGGCCGCGGCCGCGGCGCCGCCGCCGCCGCCCGCGCCGCCGGCGGAGCCGCCGGCGGCGGUGUCGAGCCUCGCGGCCUUCGUGCGCGACGCGGCCCUCGGCGAGGCGCCCGGCGCGCUCGAGAAGGUCGAGACCGCCGCGCCGGCGCCCGCGCCCGCCGUCGACCGGCCGCCGGAGGCGCCGCGCGCGGACGACGUCAGCCUGCCGUCGGCGCCGCCCCUGCCGGUCGUCAGCCUGCCGGCCGCCGCGCCCGUGCUCCCCAUGAACCCGGUCGUGCUCCCCGUGCUGCCCGUGAACCCGGCGCCCGUCUCGAACGCGGCGGUCCCCGAGCUCGAGGACCUCGGGAGCCCCGGCACGGGCCUCGAGUCCUACUUCGCGUCCUUCAUCGACGUCCUCAAGUCCGACUCCUUCAUCGUCGACGUCCCCGCCGCCUACGCGUGAGGCCCGCACCGCGCCCGGGGACGCGCUCGGCGGUGCUCGCCCGCGCGACCCGGGCAAGAAGCCCAAGCCCAAUCGGAAACCUGACCCGCUACCAGAACAAUCGGAAACCACAUCCAAGAGAACCCAACCCUGUGUGUGCCUGUACAUAUAAAUAACCACGUAUUGUAGUC